AUGGUCACAAAAAAGUUGGUGGUUUUCUUUUUCCUACUAGGAGCUGUAAAUGCUGUAAGUUUAGAUUAGAUUUGUUUCUUUAUUUAUUUUCAAUUUUUUUCAGAAAUCAUUCUUCUUUGAUUUUGUGAAUGGCAAAGGUCCCUACAAGCAAGAUGAGGCUCUUCGAUUUCUUGGAAAAAUGAAUGAGUUGAAUCGAAUUCAGGCGGAUAUUUUGGAUGUUUCAGUGAGUUUUUCGCCAAACUUUAAUUUGAAAAUAAUUUAUGAUUGUUUUUUUCAGUUGAGUUCAAAUGAUAAUGCCUUGAAUGCCACAGAGGUCGAGCAAGAUGAAGUUCAAAAGAAACCUGAUGAAAUUCCAUAUUUAUUUGAAGGAGAUAUGGUUUUGACUGAUGAGCAGAUGGAUAUAAUCAUUAGAAAUGCUAAAGAUCAAUAUUGGGCGAGAAAAUCAAAAAUUCAUAAUUUUUUGUAUGCGAUUCGAGGAAAACGUUCAAUGACAUCGCAAUUGUCAUUGAGAUGGACUUUCCCGAUUCCAUAUUAUAUCAACACUGCUACUGGAGGUUAGUUUGGAACAAGGAAAAGGAAAUUGAAAUGUUUUCUGGAAAGUUUAGCUAGAAAAUAAUAAUUAUUUCUGAAACGUUUUCUAUCAUCAACUUGUUAGCCCAACUUGUUUUUUUUUUCAGUUGAUACAAAUGCAAUUCAAGCCGGAGUUGCAAAAUGGCAAGAAGAAACAUGUGCUCGAUUCACCCAACUUCAAAGUCUACCAUCUUCUGGGAACGCACUAGAAUUCAUCUCGGGAAGCGGGUAAGUACGUACUAAAAUCUGGAAACUGCAAUUUUUCUCUUUUAUUUUUCAUUUUUUUUUGUUUUUGGUUCCUUAUCGUUUUCUUUCUUUUUUUUUUGAACUAUCUAUCUAAAACAGGGAAGAGAACAAGUUAGAAAAAAACGGUCACACCUGCGCGCUGCCCAAAAAUUCCGGAGAAAACUUUUACUUUUCAAGGUUGGUUACACUAAUCAGAAAUAGUAUAAAAGGGUUAGGUAUCGUUUCAAAAAAUCACCAACAACAUGGGCAAGAUUAUUCUUAUUGGGUCGGUUGCGACUUUUGUUUGCAGCUUGGUGGCUGUUUUCACUAUGGGAACAUUGAUUCAAGAGAUCAGUGAUCUUAGAUUCGAAGUUGAGGAUGGUAUGAGUGAAUUCAGAGUGAGUUGAAAAAUAAAUAUUCUGUUUUUUCAAAAGCAAAUUUCAGGAGAUCCAUCAAGAUACCUGGUCUAAGGUUAUGAACAAACAUUUGAACCCAUCUGGAGCAUCUGAUGCUCCACCAACCUUCCACACUUUGUUCGGAGUUCGUAGAAACCGUGCUUCUGGAUUCCCAGAACAAUGUAACUGUGGACCACGUUCUGAGAACUGCCCACCAGGACCACCAGGAGUUCCAGGAAAUCAAGGAGCACCAGGAGAGCCGGGACCAGACGGAGGAGAUGGAACCCCAGGAUUGCCAGGAAUCGUUGUCGGAAUUGUCCAUGAUCUUCCAGGAGGUUGCAUUGAUUGCCCACCAGGACGUCCAGGACCACGUGGAGUACCAGGAGAACCAGGACCAGGAGGACUUCCAGGAGACAACGGAAGACCAGGGCCACCAGGACCAGCUGGGCCAUUGGGAGGACCAGGAGAGCCAGGAGAUGCUGGAAAGCCAGGAAACUCCGGACGACCAGGGCCACCAGGACCAAGAGGAGAAGCCGGAACUCAAUAUAGACCAGGAACCCCAGGACGUCCAGGACCACCAGGGCCAAGAGGAGAAGCUGGACAACCAGGAAAUCCAGGAUCACCAGGAAACGAUGGAGAACCAGGAAAGCCAGGAAACGCCGGACGACCAGGUCCACCAGGAACUCCAGGAAAGAACGGAACUCCAGGACAAAAAGGAAACGAUGCCGAACCAGGACCAGAUGCUGGAUAUUGUCCAUGCCCAGCCAGAGCCAGAGCCUACAAAGCAUAA